GUACACAUAUGUCUUCGAGCAAUACUAGUUUUGAUAACAGUUUACUUUCCUAACUGUAACUUUGACUCGCAUCAUCGGCCGAGGAAGAAGCGUAAACGAAGACGUCACCCUCCUACAGUAUAGCAUAGUUUUAUUUUAGGUUAUGUUUCUGUAAUUAUUGUUUACUUAUUCUCCGCUCUCUUGAAUUUGAUAUAAAAAGAUUAAUUUAACAAAAUUCAACUAACUGUGUAUGGUCGUUUACAACUCAUGAAACACCAAGAAUAGAGAAAUUAUAGAUGUCGGUGGAGAAGAACCAAAAUUAAUAUUAUUUCAUACGAGACAAUCUUGCAGUGAAUAACGAGCGCGACAUCGCUUUGUUAUGUUAUGAUUGUGUGCGUGUAACAAAGUGAAGUGUGUAGUUCAGUGGCAUAAAAUCCCAUUGCUGAUAAACGUAAUUUUCAGUUAUAUUAUUGCGCUGCCGCAGUACGGUCGCUUUGCAGAUAACAAGUGCUAAUUAAUGCCAACGGAAAUGGAAUGUGAACUCAAGAGUGAUAAAGUACCAAUCGUUAUCACACCUAGUGAUGAAAGAAUAAGUCGUCUAUCUCGUUUAUUUGAAGAUGAAUUUGGACACAAUCCGUCAUUUUACGUGAGAGUUCCGGGACGUGUAAAUAUUAUUGGUGAACAUAUCGAUUAUUGUGGCUACCCAGUGUUGCCCAUGGCAUUGGAGCAGGAUAUUUUAGUUGCGGCAAGUUUGAUACAAGAACCGGCAAUUUAUCUUCGAAAUGCCAACAGUAAAUACAAAAGUUUUAAUACGAAAAUUACAACUUACGAAGAUAUUAAGAUAACACCGGAUGGUGAUGGAAAACCAUUUUGGUAUAAUUACGUACUAUGCGGUAUAAAAGGGGCUUUAGAACAUUUAGAAAAUAAUACGGAAAAUGGAUUACAACUUUAUAUUGAUGGAAAUAUUCCUCCAGCUUCUGGUCUUUCUAGUUCGUCGGCACUUGUAAGCGCUGCUUGCUUAUCAUUUUUGUACGCACAAAACGUAUCUAUGAGCAAAACCGAAAUAGCGUCGUUGUGCGCUAAAAGCGAAAGAUAUAUCGGUACUCAAGGAGGCGGAAUGGAUCAAGCUAUUGCUUUUCUAGCAGAAAAAUACUGUGCACAGUACAUUACGUUUCAGCCUCUCCAAGCAACAUCAGUGAGCCUUCCAGAAGAUGCUGUUUUCGUUGUAGCCCACAGUUUAGCUGAAGCCAACAAAGCAGCGACAAAUGAUUUUAACCGACGAGUUAUUGAAUGUAGACUGGCAGCACAAAUAUUGCUUACUCUACAUGGAAUACCAACCGAUAAAAAGAUUAUAACUCUUAGCGAAGCUCAUAACAAAAUAGGGAAAAGCUUAGAAGAAAUGAUACAGUUGGUGCAUACGUAUUUACCAAAAGAUAUUUAUACAAAGGACGAAGUUUGCACCAUUUUGAAGAUUGGCGAAAAGGAAUUGGAAAAUCUGUAUCUUACUGCAAAUACAAAGGAUAUAAACGAAUUUAAAUUAAAGCAGAGAGCUCUGCAUGUUUACGAGGAAGCGUUGAGAGUAGAUGAAUUUCGGAAUAUCUGCAACCAGUCUUCUGGCAAUGGCAAAGUCAAUGGUACUAAUGGUCACACCACUAACGGUGUGGUGUCUAAGAAUGAAACUUUGGCUAUUCUGGGGAAACUGAUGUUAAAGAGCCACGAAAGCCUAAAAAACUUGUACGAAUGUUCUCAUACAAACUUGGACCGUAUUGUAGAAAUAUCCCAAAAAUUGGGAGUACAUUCACGAUUAACUGGUGCAGGCUGGGGUGGUUGCGUUGUAGCUCUUUGUCCAAAGAAUCUAUUAGAAAAUUAUAUUGACAUAUUAAAAGAGGAAUUUUAUGAUAAACAUUGCAAUAUAGAUAAGUGUGAUGCGCAUUUAUAUGUUUUCGCUACCACCCCUAACCAUGGUGCUAUAAUUUAUAAAAAUUAAUAACGUAACGAUUAAUCUUUUAAUUUAAUGUAAUGUAGUAUAUGGAUAAAUAGUUUU